GAAGUUUGACAGAAUCGAAAACGCUUAGAACAUGUGGAAAGGCUUCACGUGUAAUGAGGCGUAACUUUACUCAUAUUUACCUUUCUGAUUAACUCGACGUCGCAUCCCGAGUAAAUACAGUACCAGAAAAUGAGUGUUGAAGUUUCAGUCACAUCUGAUGAUGAAGUGGAAGGACAGAUGAAUUUACCAGGGAAUGUUCCUUCCGGAAUCAGUCGCAAGGGUGAUACCUUGGAAUUCAACACCCUCGAUGAACCUAUAAAAGAUACAUUCAUGAGAGAUGUGCAUGCCGUCGCUGUAAAAUUCAAGCAUGUGUUGUAUCCUACCGACAACAAAACAUUGCUAAAAGAUUAUUUGCUGUCAUUCGCAGGGGACUUGUGGGGACCAUUAAUUCUUUGCACUUUCUUGGCUGUUAUAUUGCAAGGCGAGGAGACUGACGUUUCCGGUUCAAAACACGAUGGUGGUCCGGAAUUCGCUGAGGUGUUCGUUCUUGUUUGGGUCGGUUCCAUGGUUGUGACAUUGAAUUCAAAGCUACUGGGAGGGACGCUGUCUUUCUUCCAGAGCGUGUGCGUUCUCGGGUAUUGUCUGCUGCCGCCAAGCGUUUCACUAAUAUUCUGUCGGCUGGUCCUGCUGUUCCAACAGAACACUCUUCUAUUUCUCUUCAGACUUCUGUUCACGAUGACUGGCUUUGCUUAUGCUGUGUUCGCGGCGUUGAAGUUUUUGGGUGACAGCCAACCGGCCAACAAGAAAGUUCUAGCGAAUGAAUCAGAGACUUUCGAGGAAGAGAAAACCUUUGCUGAGCACUCAGCUGAACCAGCUCUCUCAAAAAUUUAUCUAAUGACGCAUUGUAUAUCACAAGCUUGCAUGGCCGAUUUGAGCUGUAUCUUUAUCCGAGCGUCGCACUAUUCGGACUUCAGGCAUCCAGCUCUGAAGAAAAUGUACGGGAAUUCAAGUGAAUCGUUCACAGUCAAGGCAUGCGAACAGACCCUGGAGCAAGACUCACCUCUGAAGAAAAUCCCUGCAGCGACUCUCGAUAAAAUAAAAGAUGAGCUCAUUCGUUCUACUCCAUCCCCCUCGACGAAAAAAAUAAAGCUCGAAUCACCGUUGUCGCAGAAGAAAAUUUGUGAUUACUUCAGUCCAUCUUCGAAGAAAGCGGCGAUUGCAGGAGUACGAAAUGUUCGCUGUGAUCUCUCUGGAAAAUUUUUGAACAUUCCUGCUGAUCCAUCGCCCGAAGAUGAAAACCUCUUCAGGGAUGACGAUUCUUUCCCAGAUGAGGGUGGAUUUUUCAAGCCGUGUCCGGUGAAAGAAGAAAAUCCCAUCUUGGCUAGCCCUGGAAGUCCUGCUCGCUUGCUUGGCGAACUCAAACAUCCUGAUCAGUUGAUAAGCACGUCUUUGGGUAUCCAAGAAAAUAUUGAUGCUCCCAUCAUUGGAACUAUUUUGCAAGAGGAAACGGUUUCUGUGAAUGUAUCUCUGGAGUCAUUUCCUCAAGGCGAUGAUGUUGAUAUCGAUGUCGAUCAAGAACUCCUGCGUUUCAGCAAAAGAGAGGAAUCAAAACGGCGGUGGGGAGCAAUUCUUAAUUCAUCUGCUCAUCCGGGUUUUGAGCAGAAGGCUGCUCCGGUGAAAUCUGUAGAGAAUAAUUCUAUGUCAGCUCCAAAAAGAAGGCGGCUUCCGCCGUUCAAGAUUUUGCAAGGGACAAGAAUUGCGGUUGACUGCUUUGAUCAUGGAGACGACGUGCCGAAAGUGGAUUUCUUCUUCUUGUCGCAUUUCCAUUAUGAUCAUUAUCGUGGGUUAACCAAGCAGUGGUCAAAGCCAGUGUAUUGCUCUCUUGUUACUGGAAACCUUGUGAUAUCGAAGUUGGGAGUCAAAGCAGAACUUGUGACCAAACUUGCUAUGAAUAGUCCGAUUGUAGUCGAAGACCCUCACGGGAAAGCUGACUUCAGUGUGACCUUGUUGGAUGCUCAUCAUUGUCCCGGUGCCGUAUUGUUUCUUUUCGAAAUGAAGAAUGGCAUAACCUACUUACACACUGGAGAUUUUCGGGCUCAUCCGAAGAUGGAGUCUUACCCGGAACUACGAAAUAUCCGCAUUAACUUUUUAUACCUUGAUACCACCUACAUGAAAGGAGAUUAUACGUUUCCGUGCCAAGAAGAAGUGGUGGACGCAGUUUGCAAAAUGUGUGAGAUGGAAACCCGAUCGCGGACAGUGAAACCGCUUAUUGUUUGCGGUUCCUAUUCGAUUGGGAAAGAAAAAGUUUGGUCUGGCAUUGCCAAACGUUUAAGUUUGAAAGUCUGGUUGCAAAGGGACCGGAGAAACACUCUCAAAUGCUUGAAUGAUCCGGAACUCACCGCUUUGGUCGGCGUUAAGCAAGAGGACUGUUUGGUGCAUGUUGUACCGAUGGCUUGGUUAAAUGUGAAAGUACAGUAUGCUGGAAGUAUAGGUAAGGGGAAUAAUCGCCACACGAUUGCCAUCAGGCCAACUGGCUGGGAAUUCAAGCCUUACAAAAAUAUGUUGACGAAAAUUACGUCUAACGCGUCGAUUACCAUUUACGGUGCGCCUUAUUCCGAGCACUCCAGUACAUCGGAACUGGAGCGAUUUGUGAAGUUUUUUACUCCUCUAUCGGUUAUCGCCACGGUUGGUAGAUCGGAUCAGCGUAAAGAAUUCGAAGCGACUGCGAAUGCAUGGAGUCGAUCAAUUCUGAUGAAAACCUAA